AUGCCCUCGAGUGACCGCGAGGCGGAGGCCUCCCGCCUCGUCCCGUCGCCCCCCGACAAUCCCUCAGAGGAAAGCAGCUUUGCCGGCGGCAGACCAUCCGCGCACGAGCCGGCAGACGAGCCGGCAGACGAGGCGGCAGACGCGAUGGAGGACGGCAGCAGUCUGCUGCGCAGCGACGGGGACUCGGCUGGAAGCGCGGGCGGCGGGCGUGGCGGAGGCGCAUCCUCCUCGUCCUCUUCCUCCGCGCUCCCCGCGUCGUCGAGUCGCGCGCGCCGCCCCAUGCAGGUGGAGCGGCACGACGACUUGGAGCCGCGGUCGCGCCUGUCGUCGCUGAUAGACGCGGCGAAGCGCAACCGGCUGUCGUUCGCGGCGGUGGCGGCGGCCGCCGUGGUGCUCCUGGGCUGGAUGCUCUCCGCGCUGCUCGCGGGCCUCCUCUCCCCGCCCGCCUCCGACUCUUCAGGCAGCAGAGUGUCGGCGGUAGCAGCGGCGUGGGGAGAGGAGGAGGGGGUGCUGCGCGCGGCGGAUGAGGGCGCGGGGAGCGCGGGGGGGCGGUGUGCGGUGUACACGUUCUUUGACCUGAACAGCGUGCAGGGGAAGCUGGAGGACGAAGAGAAGCUGGUGACGUCAUGGCAGCUGAGCUGGCAGCGGGCGGGGUGGGCACCCCAGGUGCUGCAGAAGAAGCAUGCGGGGCGGCACCCGCUCUUCCCCAACCUGCAGCAGCGCGCCAAGGCGGGCAACUGGGAGUUCAUGCGAUGGCUCGCCAUGGCAGUGUCAGGGGGAGGCCUGUACGCACACUACUCUGUGAUCAACCUCGGCCUGCCGCCACCGCCCCGCUGUUUCCAGUCCGCACUCACCGCUUUCGGGGACUCCUCUACCCCAUCGCUAGUAUCCGGCACCCCUCACGACUUCGUAGCUCUCGCACGCUCCUCCCUGCUGCCAUCCGGUGCUGACCUGGCAGACGCCCGGGGGCUCCCCGUGCCACGUGGCAUCGUGCAAGUGGGCCAGAGCACAGCAAGAUCGCUGCUUGUGCCAGGCCGGCUCAAGAAGCGCCCCUGGCAGCAGGCCACAUCGCUGCUCUGCAGCACCUUCGCGCAGACCACAGAGUUCCAGGCCGUGUCCCUGCCAUCGCUGGGCGGCAUGCAGUCCGCUCUAGAAGAUCUCAAGCACUGGAUCCGCCUCUGCACCACACACACCACGCCCUUACUCCUCUCCGACCACGUCCCCUCCCACCUCCUCCCCUCCUCCACUCCCUCCUCCUCUGCCUCCUCUGCCUCCUCCUCCGCCUCCUCCGCUCCCCUCUCGCCCUCACCCUCCCCCUCCCGCUCGCUCACCUACUUCCUCCUCCCGCACCACGCAUCGCUCUACUUUGCAGCAGACUACGAGAAAUACCACAUCGACCCCACCACGGGCGCACCCCAGUGGAUGCGAGACAGCUACGGCGCAGGCAACGUGCCCACCGGGCUCACAUACAGCGAGUUUCUUAUCAUCCUCACCAACGCGCUCAUGGGAAAGAACCCGGAGAAGGACAGCGACCCGCAUCUGGAUGAUAGGCUGUCGAGGGGCCUUGCGUCCGUGCUGCAUGUGGGCAUGGAGGAGGUGGCUGAAGAGGUGAAUGCUCGCAGUAUGUUCCUUGCUGCUGACUCUGCUGCUGCUGCUGCUGCUGCUGCUGGUGCUGAUGAUGCUGCUGGUGCUGGUGACGGUGCGGGUGCUGGUUCCGCUGAUGCUGAUACUGCCGAGACUGCUGAUGCUGCCGAGGGUGGUGCUGCUGAUUCUGCUUUUGAUUCCACCACUGCUGCUACCACGACCGGCCAACCCCUCUCAUCCUCCUCCCUCCCCCCCAACCUCAUCUCGUUCGGCCGCUUCGACGAGCCGCACCUCUCCAUCCCCGUUUUAGAGCUCUCGCUGGGCUUCCUUCUAGAGGACCAGGCGCGGGGAGAGCUGGAGGAGGCGAUAGGGCGGGUGUGGGAGGAUGUGGGGCACUUUGUGGGCGCGGUGCAUGGGGAGGUGAAGGAGGAGAUGGAGCGGCACAGCCGCGUGGACGAGAGAGUGCUGGCUGUGGUGGAUGGGCGGUUCAGACAGGCUGUCAGUGUGGCGCAGGCUCUGGACGUGUGA